AUGUUGCGCUGGUACCAGAGCAAAUUGGCCAAGAGGCCCAUCCUCACAGCCAGUAUUACGAGUGCGGUGUUGUUUGGCAGCGGUGAUGUCCUAGCCCAACAGGCUGUUGACCGGAGAGGCCUUGAGAAGCACGACUUUGCUCGCACCGGGCGCAUGGCCCUCUAUGGUGGAGCUGUCUUCGGUCCCGUCGCCACCGCUUGGUUCGGUAUCCUCCAGCGCCAUGUCGUUCUCAAGGGCACUGCCAGUACCACCGUCGCCCGCGUCGCCGCCGAUCAGAUGUUCUUCGCACCUGUUCAGUUGACCUGCUUCCUAUCCUCGAUGGCUAUAAUGGAGGGCCUUGAUCCGAUCGAGAAGUGGAAGAAUGCGUUUGCGCCUGCUUACAAGGCCAACCUGAUGGUCUGGCCUUUUGUUCAGGGUGCCAACUUUGCCUUUGUUCCCCUGGAGCUGCGAGUGCUGGUGGUCAACAUUGUCAGCUUGGGGUGGAAUUGCUUCCUCAGCUUGAUGAACAGCGGCGAGGAGUAA